AUGGCGUUCCAGUCGAUGCUGUCGGGCGCGGAGUGCUCCACCUCCAAUAAUACCCUCUCGCAGUUCUUGAAGCAUGCUCAGACAGACCGGUCCUUGCAGCAGGACGGUAUGCAGGGCCCGCAGCAGGGCAUGCAGCGCCCCGGAUUCCGCACGCGCCCUGGGGGCCCCGCCCAGGACAUGGAUGCGUUCCUGCACCAGCCCCGUGAUGCGCCCCACGGCUUUGACAUGCACGCCAUGCGCUCGGAAGUCGACCAUAUGCGCGGUUCGAUGAAUGCGCCCAAGGCCAUGCCGGGUGGCGGCAGCGGGUCGGCCUGGGCGCAGGAAAUGCACAUGCGUCAGGGCCCGGCCCAGGCGCCGAUGAACCAGUGGAGCGAGCAGUUCCAAGCGCAGGGCCCUGCGACGAGUGCCCCGCAGCAUGCGAUGCCGUCGCAGCCUGGCAUGGCGAUGGGCGGCAUGCCUUUCCGCAGCGCGAUGCCGAUGAUGGGCAUGCAAGGCAUGCAUGCGCCUAUGCACUCGAUGCCCGCGCAGCGUGCGCCCGAGGCCAAGUCGGAGCGCAUCGUCGAGCUCGACAAUGCGCAAUGGGAAGAGCAGUUCCGGAAGCUCGAGGAGACGGCGGGCAAAGGCAAGAGCCGCGAAGAGGCGCCGUCGGAGGAUGUGGCCAAGGAAGAGGCGACGCUGCGCGAGAUGAAGGACCGUCUGGGCGACACCUUCCAGGACGGCAACCCCCGCUUUGAGGAGCUAUGGAAUGCGCUCAAGGACCCGACGAUGCACGAAAAGAACGACGACCUCGCCGAGUGGGAGGAGAAGCUGAUGCAGGCCAUCCAGGACGAGGAUCCGGUGCACUCGACGCACCCCGGCGGCGGCCUUGGCCCCGGCGAGAUGGGACUCAACGAGCUGGACGGGCUGGGCGACAACGAGGCGUCGCUGCGCAACACGCUGAACGAAGUCGACGAAAACGGCUUCCCGAUCCUCGGCGACUAUACCUAUGCGACGAACAAUCCAUUCGCGCAGCACUCGACGCCGUACGCAGAGGGCUUGCGCCUCCUGGAGAACAAUGGCAGCUUGACCGACGCUGCGCUGCUCUUUGAGGUCGCGACGCAGCGCGACGCCGAGAUGGGCACCGCCGACGAGAUCGAGCGCACGAACGAAGAGCGGAGUCGUGCAUGGCAAAAGCUCGGUGAGAGCCAGGCGAUGAACGAGCACGAAGAAAAGGCGAUCCAGGCGCUGGAGCAGGCGCUUCACCUCGACCCCAACAACCUCGAGGCACACAUGUCGCUCGCUGUCUCGUACAUCAACGAGGGCUACGACGCAGCGGCGAACUCGACGCUGCUCAAGUACCUCGCGCGCACCCACCCCCACCUCGCGCCUUCGAGCGAGUUCCCGGUGCUAAAGGACCAAAAUACGAACCCCUGGGCACGCCUCAACUACGUCCGCGAGCUCUUCCUCAAGGCCGCGCGCGAGAAUGCGGCAAGCGGCCAGAUGGACCCCGACGUGCAGAUCGCGCUCGGCGUGCUCUUCUACUCGAGUUCGGCGUAUGAUCAGGCGCGCGACUGCUUCGAGGCGGCGCUCGAGUCGCGCCCGGAUGACUUCCAGUUGUGGAACCGCCUCGGCGCGACGCUCGCCAACGGCGGCAACCCCGAGCUGGCCACCGAGGCGUAUCACAAGGCGCUUGAGCUGCGGCCGACGUUUACCCGUGCGAUCUACAACCUGAGUGUCUCGUGCCUGAACCUCGGCGCGCACCACGAGGCCGCCGAGCACCUCCUCUCGGCCCUCACGCUGCAGCGCUCGCAGCCGAUUCCGGAUGCGCCGGGCGGCGAGUCGGUGCGUGCCGCGCCGCCGCUCUCGGCGAGCAAGGAGAGCGAGAGUCUGUGGAGCACGCUGCGCAGCAUCUUUGUCGUGCUCAACCGCCUGGACCUCGCGAACCAGUGCACGGUCGGCUCGGACCUCGAGCAGUUCCGUGCGGCGGGCUUUGAGUUUUAG